CUGUAUUUAAUGUUGAAAAGGUUGGAGAGAGAGAGAGAGAGAUAUGUCUGCCUGCAAUUUUAGUGGGGUUAAGCCAAACACUUCAAUGAAAUUUCUCCAGUGGUGCCCCCCACCUAAAAGCCUAAGAAUUGGUAAUAUCAUACCUGUCCAUUUUCUCACAAGUCAGAGAAUAUCGGCAAAUAACGCCGCCAUUGAAGUUUCUUCAUUCAAAUUCAGACAGUAGUUUCUUUCUCUAUUCUUUCUUCUUCUUCUUCUUCUUCUUCUUCUUCUUCUUCUUCUUCUUCUUCUUCUUCUUUGUCUCCUCUGAUCGGCCUGUAUUUCUGCUCAGAGAUCAGGAUAUGGGUGGCAAUUGCAGAAAGGUUGUUGGGUUUUUACAGUUCUUACUCAUUUCUUUCUUUUUCGGCUCUACUCUGUUUUGUGACGCCGCAGAUUCAAUCUCCAAUGGCAGAGAAUUAAGAGACAGUACUAAUGAAACCCUUAUAUCCCCUAACGAGUUCUUCGAACUGGGAUUCUUCAGCCCCCAAAAUAAGUCCUCAUUACGGUACGUGGGAAUAUGGUAUUACAAGAUCGAGGAACAGGCUGUUAUUUGGGUCGCAAACAGAAAAGAGCCACUUCGAAACAGGGAUGGGGUUUUGAAAAUCGGAGACGACGGAAAUUUGGUUGUUCUGGACGGCAACAACGUGGUUUGGACAAGCAAUAUUACAGUGAAUACGUCUGAUCCCUCAAACUUAACUCUCCACAACAACGGAGAAUUGGUUCUGUCGCGCGGAGACGCCGUCCUCUGGAAAAGCUUCGAUCACCCGACGGAUACAUUUCUUCCGAACAUGUUGGUGGAGGUGAGCUCAGAAAUAGGGGAGAAACGAUUGUUCAUGUCGUGGAAAUCGGAGACCGACCCAGCUGUGGGAAAUUACUGUCUGGGGGUGGAUCCUCGUGGAGCCGUACAGAUUAUAAUUUGGAAUGGAACUGGGAAUAAUCGACUGUGGAGAAGCGGCCACUGGGAUAAACAGAUAUUUUCUGGGGUUCCGACUAUGCGUUCGGCUUCGUCGUACGGUUUCACUGUGAACGAAGAGAGCCGAGGACGCGGACUCGUGAGUUUAAAAUUUCGUCCAUCGAAUGAUUCCGAUAGGAUGAAAUUUCAGAUACGGUGGGAUGGAAAAGAAGCACAGCAACGUUGGAACGAAGGGAGUCGCAAAUGGGAAACGAUGCGUUUACUGCCUUCUAACGAUUGCGACUUCUAUAAUUUCUGUGGGGAUUUUGGGGUUUGCUCUGAAUCGAGUCGUCCCAAGUGCACUUGCCCUCGAGGGUUUGAACCCAAAGACAACGAUCGAUGGAGCAGAGGGAUUUGGUCAGAUGGGUGCCGGCGGAAGACUCCAUUACUUGAGCAAAGGAAGAAUAGCAGUGAUUUUAAUGGAACUGCGGGAGAUGGGGAGGAAGAUGGGUUUUUUGACGUAGAGUUUGUGAAAUUGCCUGAUUUCAUAUCUCAAGUAUUUGUGGACUCGUGUAAAGACAGAUGCUCGAACAAUUCUUCGUGUAUUGCUUAUUCGGAUGCUCCUGGAAUUGGGUGCGUUACGUGGGAUGGACCUUUGGUUGAUAUUCAGAAAUUUGAUGGAGCUGGGCAUACUUUGCACAUUCGUCUCGCUCAUUCUGAUUUGGUAUCUGUAGACAGCGGGAGCAGAUUGUCGGUUGGUGUGAUAGUAUCGAUAUGUUUGGGAGGAGCAGCUGCCAUAGCCGUAUUAGCGUUGCUGCUAUGGAAGUUCAGAGGAAAAUCGAAAGGUUCACCAGAUGCUUCUGCGAAUCAAACUCAGAGCAAAACUGAGGUACCAAUGUUUGACCUGAGCAAGAGCAGAGAAUUUUCAGCAGAUCUUUCUGGGCCAUACGAAUUAGGCAUAGAAGGUGAACAAUUGAGUGGACCAGAUUUGCCAAUGUUCAAUUUCAACUGUGUAGCUACUGCUACAGAUAACUUUUCUGAGGAAAACAAGCUUGGCCAGGGAGGUUUUGGGCCGGUAUACAAGGGAAAGCUUCCAAGUGGACAGGAAAUCGCUGUGAAGAGGCUCUCGGUCCGGUCUGGCCAAGGUCUAGAAGAGUUCAAAAAUGAGAUUAUACUUAUAGGAAAGUUGCAGCAUCGAAACCUUGUCAGACUUUUGGGCUACUGCAUACAAGGGGAGGACAAGAUGUUGCUCUAUGAAUAUAUGCCAAACAAAAGCUUGGAUUGGUUUCUUUUCGAUCCGAUUAAGCAGGCUCUACUAGAUUGGAGAGUACGGUUGUCAAUCAUCGAGGGAAUUGCACGAGGGCUUCUAUACCUUCAUCGAGACUCAAGGCUUCUUAUUAUUCAUCGAGAUCUAAAAGCUAGCAACAUUUUGUUGGAUGAAGACAUGAAUCCAAAGAUAUCAGACUUUGGCAUGGCUAGAAUAUUUGGUGGAAACCAAAACGAGGCGACAAAUACCAUUCGUGUUGUUGGCACAUACGGUUACAUGGCUCCAGAAUAUGCAAUGGAAGGUCUAUUUUCGGUGAAAUCAGAUGUCUAUAGUUUUGGCGUAUUAUUGUUAGAAAUAAUCUGUGGCCGGAGAAACACUAGCUUUCGCACAACGGAAUACUUAACCCUUAUUGGCUAUGCUUGGAAUCUUUGGAACGAAGGAAGAGCGAUUGAGCUUCUCGAUCCAUCUAUUCGCGAUUCAUCCCCGGAGAAUGAAGUAAUGAAAUGCAUACAUGUAGCAAUGUUGUGUGUACAAGACUCCCCAGCCUUCAGACCAACACUGCAGACCUUGGUGCUAAUGCUGGAGAGUGAAUCUACUUCUCUGCCACAGCCAAGACAGCCUACGUAUACUUCGACAAGAGCCUCGAUUGAUACAGACUUGUUUACGGACGGCCACGACAUUGCAUCAUCGAACGACGUGACAGUGACAAUGUUGGAUGGUAAGUUGAAGCAGAAGUAAAGGGCUGAUGAGUUGAGAGUUAAAAGUGGUUGGCCGAUUGAUAGAUUAGGUCUGUAAUUUUAAUUUAUAUGGAAGCAAAGAUAGUUUUUUUAGUGUUGGAAACUGGCCUUUCAAUUAUUGCUGCAAGAAGGUCAAUUAGAAAGAAACACGAGUGUUUCUAUCUUUUGCUGUUAGAAAAGCUCCUCGGAGAUGUAGCAAUGAUGUACAUAACAAGGAAAAGAAGAGAGAAAGAAAUCUUGAGGUUGUCUUA